CGCCGCAAGCAAAUUCCGACCCCAUCGUCAACGACCACAAAAAAGCAGCCGUCGUCGUCGUCUGUCUGUCAGUUGUCAACUAGUAGUGGAAGAGAACGGUUCAAAACAAGUGAAACUCCCGUGUCGGUCGGAACUCUGUUGGUGUAUGGUGGAGAUUUUCCUCGCCCCAAAACGGACAUUUAUCGCGUCCCGUCGCCCUCUGGACCCGGACCAAUCGCUACUGGAGCCCAGGAGGAACCGGAAAAGUGUACCCCCGGACCGGAACGGACCCAUCCGUGGCUAGAUUUUACCGCCACCGUUGGUCCGCAAUCGAAGCAAGCGUCUGUAGAGUUUCGCGCCAAGUCGAGUUCCAAGGGACACACGCCUACCGAGAUCGGUUCGUGUAGCACGUGUUCCCUGGUUAUCCGCACAUGUUCACGUUCGCCGGCAGCCGUGCCAGAGAUUCGCGGAAGGAAUGAUUUUUAAAUCACCCUGCGCCGUGCCUUCUUCUACUGUAACAGCAGCAGAUCCCUGCCAAAGGAGACGACAAGAAACAACCGCAACAAUAGAAGAAUCUUUUGAAUUGAAAGAAGAGGAGGAGGAAGAGGAAGCAAUCGGAGUGACACGAUCGACGACGUCGUGAAAUGACCAUCAUCCUGUUUUUGGUGGACACGUCGGCGUCCAUGUGCCAGAAAGCACACGUCAAUGGGGUCCAGAAGAGCUAUCUGGACAUUGCCAAGGGGGCGGUGGAGACGUUUCUGAAGUACCGACAGCGGUCGCAGGACUGCAUGGGCGAUCGGUAUAUGCUGUUGACGUUCGAGGAUCCCCCGAACAAUGUGAAGGCCGGUUGGAAGGAGAACCAUGCCACCUUCAUGAACGAGCUGAAGAAUCUGCAAAGCAAUGGACUGACGUCGAUGGGCGAAGCGCUGAAGAAUGCCUUCGAUCUGCUGAAUCUGAACCGGAUGCAGAGCGGUAUCGAUACGUACGGACAGGGACGGUGUCCGUUCUAUCUGGAACCGUCGGUGAUCAUCGUACUCACCGAUGGGGGGAAGUAUUCGUUUAGGAAUGGGGUCCAUCAGGAGAUUAUCCUGCCACUGCAUGCGCAAAUCCCCGGAACGAAGCUCACGAAGGAACCAUUUCGGUGGGAUCAACGGCUGUUUUCGCUGGUGCUCCGGAUGAGUGGGAACCGGGCGGACGAACGGGUAGAUGGUAAGGUGCCGCAUGACGAAUCGAUGAUCGAGAAGAUGUGCGAGGUCACCGGUGGACGAUCGUACAAGAUCCGAUCGCAAUACGUGUUGAACCAGUGCAUCGAAAGUCUGGUCCAGAAGGUUCAGCCGGGAGUGGUGAUCCACUUCGAUCAACUGCUCACGACCAACAAUGGAGAAAACGGCGGAGGAGGGGCUGACCUGCAGUUCCAAUCGAUCAAACGCAUGAUCUACGUCCAGAAGCACCCCCAGCAGAAGACGUUCCCGGUGGGUUUCUGGCCCAUUCCGGAGCCCUAUUGGCCGGAUCCGAAAACGAGUAACCUCCCACCGCGAGACGCACAUCCGAAGAUCAAAAUAAUAACGCCCUGCUGUGAUGAACCGGUUAUGCUGCGAAACUUCCCAAUCGAUAAGUACGAGCUGGAACCGAGCCCACUGACGUUGCAGAUCCUGUCCAAGAAGGAAACAAACAAGGUGUGGCCAUUGAUGGUAUCCAGCGGGAUGCACGGGAUCGAGAUGCCCUUUGGGUUUCUGAAGCCAAGCAGCACGAUGACGGUGGUCAGUUUGUAUGUAUUGCCGUACAAUUAUCAGACUUUUCUACCGUUGAUCAACGACCUGUUCCACAAGUAUAACCUCAAUCCACCGAAUGACUGGAUUUACAAGUUUAGCAACUACGUGAAAUCGAUCCCGCAGUACUAUUGUCCGUUCCUGCGGCGAGCGCUGGCCUCAACGCCGAAUGUACCUUACCAGCUGGUGCAAUACAUACUACCGGAGACCCUGGACAGCUAUCUGAGCCCGGCGGUGGCGAAUUAUCUCAAACAGAUGAAGAACACGGCCAAACAGGAUCAGGAGAACCUAUGCCUGAGGGUGUUCAAGCAGUUGAAGCAACCGAAGCCGGCCUACCAUCAGCUGGAAACGGUGAAGCUGAAUCCGGGGCUGGCGCUGAAGCGGGAUCUGGUGUCCCAUCCGAUGCUGAAAGAUGCCUUCAACAAGGUCCAUGCGGACAUUGCCAGUUUCGAUAACUACACGAUCGUGGUACCAACUGUGAUGAGACCGGCUUCGACGAAGAACUACCGCAAUCCGUUCGAUAUCCCCCGGCGGGAUCUGAUCGACGAGAUUGCCCGGAUGAGGGAAAACUUCUUCCGGCUGCCCACAAGUGGGAUCACGGUGUUUACCAAGGACAGUGGGCACUGUUUGCCAAUCGCGGACAUGGGUAACUACCAGGAAUAUCUAAAGAACAAGGACGCACCCCUGCGGGAGCUGGAACCGACCAACGUACGGCAGCACAUGUUCGGUAACCCGUACAAGAAGGACAAGAACAUGGUCAUGGUGGACGAGGCGGACCUGAACGAGAUUGCCCCGAUGAAGGGCGGACGAGGAGAGAUGGCCGGAGGUGCCCUGAAGAGUAGAGUCGAUCCAAACGCAAGACUGAGCCGGAAGCGGAAAGCGGGACCAAUUAGAAAGGAUUACGUCUUCAAGCGGCGGUGCUUCGGACUGAGCAUAAGCUCUUCGUCCAGUGUGACGUCGGAAACGAGUUCCCUGGCGGAUUUCACCUCCGAUGACGAUAGUGCUUCCGUGAUGAGCAGCAUGGGUUCGGAGGCGGAUCUCGAUGACGACCAAGACGGUCGAUUAGUGGUGGACUUUGAAUUCCCCAACGACAAGGACGAGGAGAGUCCCAUCAACGCCCACGUCCGGGAGUUUAUCGAAGGUCCGGAUGAAGGCGGCACAGGGCCACCUGUUCCGGACUCUAUAAACAUCGCACUUCCGGAGUAUCCACCCGCCCCCAUCACGCCGAUGCCCAGCUAUCAUCAUCACCAUCAUCACCCGCAGCAUCCACAUCACCUCCACCUGCACCAGGCGGCCCCAGGUCCUCCGGUGAGUAUCGCCGUACCCUCCACAAGCACCAGUUUACCACUGACCGGAACUAGCAGCAGCAGCAGCAGUAGCCCCGCUUCCAGCUCCAUCAGUUUAGCAUCCACUAGCGCAGCGUCCAACAACGACAUGAACGACGUGUUGGAAAUCUCCAACAUUCUGAAAACCUGCCACAAUGGCGGCAACAGUUACGCUACCCCAGAAGAACCACCUCCCGAGCCGGAGCCCAAAAAACCUCACAAACCAUCGAAACAGAGCAAAGCGAGCGAACAUUCGACCUCAACCAAAACGGAAAGCAAGACCACAUCCGCCGCCGCGGCCUCUUCCGGUAGUGACCGGAUAUUGCUGAACGGUGGAGACCACCUUCCCCCAUCGACCCCCUCCAAAGCGCCCGUUUCGUCGACGGAUCGAAAAGCCCCCCGGCCCCUUACCGCAGCGGAGAAGGAACGCAUUCGAGAGGAAAACUACUCCACCCGGACCAUCGUCUUCAAGGAUAUCCGAAGGCCCGGUCGGAACUACUCGCAACUGCUGGAGCAUCUCCACCUCAUCAAGGGUGACCUUCAGAUCAAACAGGAGUUCAUCGAGAUGUGCGUCCACGAGGCGUUACGGUUUCGACGGCGAAAAAUGGCCGACAGCAUCCAGGAGUGGUGGGACGGCCAGCUGGAAACCAUGAAACAACAGGAGGAGAAACUGCUGAAAAAACAGCAGCAACAGCAGGCCAAGGCAAAUUGUGUUAACAAUAGCGCUUAUUCGAAUCACCUCCAAACAUCGGGACGACAUUCGCGGUUAUCCGGCGCCACCGCCGCCGGAAGUGGUACUAGUUCUGUGAACAGUAGUUGUACUAGCUCUAGCUCCAGUAGUAGUAGCAGUAGUAGUAGUAAUAGUAAAAGCAGUAGUAUCCUUUUCUCCCAUCAGUCCCAUCCCCCCAACAAACAGCAACAUCACCACCACAAGCAACAUUCGAAUCAUCAAAGCAGCAGCAGUAGUAGCAGUAGCAGCAGUAGGCUAUGAGAAACGGCAGCGACCGACGACCGGUGAUGAUGCACGUGCGAUCGAGAGACGUGUUGAAUUGUACAUUUUUUUUUCUUAACCCGAACACAGUUAGUUUCUUCUUGGAAAAUUUUAUUUGAUCAAUUAUUGUUCAAAGUGUAGUUAAAACAAAACGCGAAAGGACUGAGAUCGAAAUGUUUGUUUUUUACUUUCUUCUGGUUAGCCAAGGUGUAAAAGUAGUUCCAAACAAAAAUCUGGAGUUCUGAGAAAGUAGACGAUGUGGUUGAACAUAGUGGUGGUUCGAUUGUGAAUGUGUGUGUAUGUGAGAGAGCGUAACACAAUUUGUUCUACCUACACGCGAAAAGUAGUUUUGUUAAUGUUUUCCCUCUUUUUAAUUUUAAAAAUAUAUGCAAAAAAUGGAUCACGCAAGUAUGAAAAUUUAAAAUCAAAUUGAAUCACUCUGAUAGCAGGCAGAAAAAAAAAACAAAAAAGCUAGCGGUAAGGACAAGAGAAGUUGAGUGUAAAUAGAUAAAUGUUAAAUAAAUUGCCUAAAUGAUAAGAAUA